AUGCCUCCAGGCCAAUACCCUACCCCCACACUGGAGUCAAUAUCAAGUAGCCUGCGAUUAAGUCUGGACGGCCCGCUCCAAGGCGUCGCUAGACACUCUUCUACUCCUCCCAACACCACUUUCCGCGGCGAUGAAAACGGUUUUUCCUUAAGAGUACAGCUUCCCAGCCUCGAGCAAUUUGACCUUGGCGUUGAAGCUCUUGCGAGAUCUUAUGAUUCUGCUCGCCCUUACAUAACCCCGUUGCCUCCGCCAUCACCCAGCCUGAGGCAAAUCUCCAUGCCUUUUCAGCCAUUGUGUCUGCAGCGAGCAUGCGAUUUGCAAUUUCUCCAACAUGUUCCUAUGCAUAUUAAUAAUAUGUCUAGUCUUGACAAUCGCCCUAGUCCCUCUCCGGAUGGCGAGAACAGGCAUAUCAACCAGAGGUACACCACCGAAGAGGGUGAUUUCAUCAUCUACUGCUGGCACGAAAAGAAAUUGACAUGGCAACGUAUCAAGCACGAUUUUGCUGCCAUGUUUCGCCGAACUCCCGAAAGAACCGUCCAAGGCCUACAAGGUAUCUAUUACCGCAUGAAUCAGAGGAUUCCACUCUGGGAUCAAGAUGGCUGGUUAAUCUUUGGCAACGACGAUGAUAUAAAGCCCAAAUGUGUCAGCAUCAAGUGCCGUCAAAGACACAGCCAGGAUAGCCCUAUGGAGCCACCUGGUCUAGCCCAGCGUUAUCCUGAACGCGCUAUCCACUAUUCCUGGGUUGACCCUGAGCUGAAGCGAGUGUACCAAGACUGGGGUAAGUUGGUCUGCAAUCUUGCUCACAGACACGCCCUGCGCGGAUACUAA